UCUAUGCCGGCGCCUCGGCUAGCGUGAGCGGCGGCGGUAACGCCUCUCUCCCCCCCCCCACCCCCCACCCACCCCGCGCUUGCCCUGCGGCUUGGGUGUCGGAGCGGGCGGCGCGGCCGGCAUGGAGGACGUUAACUCCAAUGUGAACGCGGACCAGGAGGUGCGGAAGCUGCAGGAGCUGGUGAAGAAGCUGGAGAAGCAGAACGAGCAGCUGAGGAGCCGCUCGGGAGCCGUGCAGGGCGCAGGCCUCCUCGGGCCCGGCAGCCCGGCUCGGGCCGGCGUGUCCACCCCUUGCUCGGGCGCGGCGUCCCCUCGGGGCUUCCCGCUGGGCCUGGGAGCCAAGGUGGGCGGCGCGGCGGGCUCAGGCCUGCGGAGGACCAGCAGCGAGGACCUGCGGGACGCCACCUCCUUGCUGGCGGCGGGAGAGGGCAGCUUGCUGGACGAGGUAGAGCCGCUGCGGCCCGACGAGCUGGAGCGACUGUCAGGCUGGGAGGAGGAGGAGGAGAGCUGGCUGUACUCAUCACCAAAGAAAAAACUCACACCAAUGCAGAAAUCUGUUAGUCCAUUAGUUUGGUGCAGGCAAGUUUUGGAUUACCCAAGUCCUGAUGUGGAAUGUGCUAAAAAGUCUCUUAUCCACAAACUUGAUCAAACUAUGUCAGCUCUCAAGAGGCAAAAUUUAUACAAUAACCCUUUCAACUCUAUGAGUUACACAAGUCCUUAUAGCCCAAAUGCCAGUAGCCCUUACAGCAGCGGCUUCAACUCUCCAUCCUCAACACCAGUGCGACCUCCUAUAGUCAAGCAGCUUAUACUCCCUGGAAAUUCAGGUAACUUCAAAAGUUCAUCAGAUAGAAAUCCUCCACUCAGCCCUCAGUCCUCUAUAGAUAGUGAGUUAAGUGCUUCAGAAUUAGAUGAAGAUUCAAUUGGAUCCAACUAUAAGCUAAAUGAUGUAACUGAUGUGCAGAUUCUAGCCCGGAUGCAGGAAGAAAGUCUCCGGCAAGAAUAUGCAGCCACCACCUCUCGGCGCAGCUCUGGUUCAUCUUGCAAUUCUACGAGGCGGGGCACUUUUAGUGAUCAAGAGCUGGAUGCACAGAGCUUGGACGAUGAAGAUGAUAGUAUGCACCAUGCCGUAUACCCUGCUGUGAGCAGGUUUUCUCCAUCGCCACGCAAUUCACCCCGACCGUCUCCUAAGCAGUCGCCUCGCAAUUCACCUCGCUCACGCUCUCCUGCCCGGGGAAUAGAGUACAGUAGAGUAUCCCCACAGCCUAUGAUUAGCCGUUUGCAGCAACCUCGCCUUUCCCUCCAAGGCCAUCCCACAGAUUUACAGACAAGCAAUGUUAAAAAUGAAGAAAAACUCCGACGCAGUCUUCCAAACCUGUCCCGGACAUCAAGCUCACAAGCUGACUCGGUGAGAAGCAGCAGAAGUGAUUCCAGUUUCCAAGUGCCAAACGGAGGAGUGCCUCGGAUGCAGCCUCAGGCCUCAGCCACUUCUCAAAGGCUGAAAAAUUUGCCUCGUACCUCCCUCAAAGCCAAACAGUUGCUUCCAACUUCAUCUACAAAAAGAGUACCUUCUCCAGGCAAGUUCCGCUCCCCUGCAGCACCAUCUCCGUUGGCUCUUCGGCAGCCAGUGAAAGCGUUUAGUAACCAUGGUUCUGGUUCUGGUGGCCAAGAAACUACACAGUUCACACAAACCACCUCCUCACCUGGACCUCCCGUGGUGCAGAACCCAGUCCCAGCAAACCCUUCCAGCAAUAUCAACAGCACCACUCUAACCAGACCUGCAGGGACAACUGCCAUGAGGAGUGGCCUGCCCCGGCCGAGCGCCCCUUCUGCGGGGGGCAUCCCAGUGCCUCGCAGCAAGCUUGCACAGCCUGUUCGCAGAUCCUUGCCAGCUCCUAAGACCUAUGGUAGCAUGAAAGACGACAGUUGGAAAGAUGGCUGUUACUGACCAGCAGAGACAAGAGCGCAGAGGUCCACAGCUUCACGGACACCCCUUCACCAGGCUGAAACCAACUUUUAUAUGCAGACUCUGCAGCUAAGACUCGGGGUCGUAGAGCCCCAGCCCUCUCUGUCUACAAUAGCACAAACCGGCAGAGAAGACGAAGCAGCACUUUAUCCCACGGAACAUCCGAUACGUUUGGUAAUCAUGCAAUCACUCUCCAUGGAGUCACUCUUAGCUUUGUUCACUAGAAACACGGUUCUUUUUUAUCGUUUGACAGAGGCCACUAUCUGGGCAAAUACCUAAUGGAUGCCAAAGAGAAAUGCCCAUUUGUAAAGAGAGUACUUUUGUACACGGGAAGGUGGUGAAUUCAGGCUGUCCAAAACCUCACGUUCAACCUACUUUACUGUACGAAUAGUAUCAAUAAAUACUGUGUUAACAAGAACUAA